CUUCAAUAUUAAUUGCUUCGUAUAUCUCGGUCGCUCACAUUUGAUUGUUUGCCCGAGCUCCUCCGCCAAGCCUAACCAUGCGUGUAUAUAAGGCCUCUGGGUGAAAUCUGCACCUGCAUUUCUCUCCAGCGGGAAGAACUCCAGGCGAAACGCUCAACUGCGUCACAAUAGCAAUCGCGUUGCGCUGUCGACCAUGGCCAAAUUCAUAUACCACCUCGCCGCCUUCGCAGCCGCGGCGACGCAGAUCGUACACGCGCACACCAGCCUCGACUCCCAAUACCGGAUCGAUGUGCACUCCCACCCGGUCCCCCAGAUCUGGCUGGAUGCGCUGAUCGAAGAAGGCUACCCCACCGUGAAUGGCAGCUUGAUCGUGGAGGGCUUCCCGGUGCCGGACUGGACGCUGGCGGGCCACCUCCAGAACAUGGACAGCUACGGGGUCAACUACUCGACGCUGAGCGUGACCACCCCGGGCGUGUACUUCCUGGCGUCCAAGCCCCAGAAGGCCAAACGACUGGCCCGUGAGCUCAACAACCUGCUGCACAACUACACCCGGACCUAUCCGACGCGCCUGGGCGCGCUAUGCCUCCUGCCUCUGCCCGAUGUCGCGGACGCAUUGGAAGAGAUCAAGUACUGCCUCGACACCCUCCACUUCGACGGCAUCGGCCUCUACACCAAUUACAACGGCCUGUACCUGGGCGACGCGAGCCUCGACCCGGUGUUCGCGGCCCUGAACCAGCGCCGCGCCACCGUCUUCGUCCACCCCGCGACGCCCGGCUGCGCCGACGCCACCCUCGGCUACGGCGGCCCCCUGACGGAGUACCCGUUCGACAGCGUGCGCGCGAUGGAGAACAUGCUGCUGACCGGCCAGCGCGCGCGCUACCCCAACGUCACGAUGAUCUACCCGCACGGCGGCGGCGCCAUGCCCUACCUGGCCGGUCGCAUCGCGGGGGUGGCCAGUCUGCCGGCGCUGGGGGCGCUGAACCCGGCGACCGUGGUCGCCCAGCUGAAGGGGUAUUACUUCGACACGGCGUCGGCGUAUUCGGCGAUCCAGCUGCAGGCGCUGAAGGCGUUUAUCGGAGUGGGCCAGAUUGUGACGGGGACGGAUUUUCCGUAUGUGCCGGUCAGUCAGGCGAAGCCGGGGCUGGCGGCGAUCCAGGCGAAUGGCAAUUUUACCGAGGCGGAAAUGGCGCAGAUCAAUCAUCAGAAUACGUUGGCCAUCUUCCCUCGCAUUGCGGCUAAGCUUGGGUUGACAAAAUCGAACUGAGGGUGAGUGAGAUGGAGAUGACAGGGCAGUGAGAAGUGAGACGGAUGGCACGUGGUUUGGGAGGGUGAGAACCAAUGACAUGCAAUGAGAAAAGAAUUGAAACGUUGAACACAGAAAUAAGAUGUUGAGUUCUCCGCACCUUCUGAUGGCCGAG